AUGAUCAACCUUUUCAAUCCUGCCUCUGCACUGUCAGAUCCAAAGAACAGAUCUUUCUAUUGCAGUCUCUUCAUUGUAGCUUCAUUGAUCUGUGGUGCUUACUUCAUUGGUGGUGCAUCCAUUGCUAAGGAGUAUAAGGAGAGAUUAACAAGAUGGAAAGGGAUCUACACUAGGCAGAACACAAAGUUUGAUACAUGCAAGAACCGUUGCCAGCCUUUGGGGAGUGAGGCACUACCAGAAGGAAUUGUUGCCAAAACAUCGGACUUGGAAGUGCGGCCUUUAUGGGGCUCCUCUGUGAAUAAUGAAAACUCAAAACCUUCUAUGAGCUUGCUGGCAAUUGCAGUUGGAAUAAACCAGAAAGAAAUAGUUGACAGAAUUGUUAAAAAGUUUCUAUCAAGUGAUUUUGUUGUAAUGCUUUUUCAUUAUGAUGGUGCUGUGGAUAAAUGGAGAGAUUUAAAUUGGAGUGAUCGUGCCAUACACGUGUCUGUGAUGAAUCAAACAAAAUGGUGGUUCGCCAAGCGUUUCUUGCAUCCAGAUAUAGUUUCCGAGUAUGAAUAUAUUUUUCUUUGGGAUGAGGACCUUGGAGUUGAGAAUUUUGACCCGAAACGAUAUCUAUCCAUUGUUCGGGAAGAGGGACUUGAAAUAUCACAGCCAGCACUUGAUCCUGACAAGUCAGAUGUGUAUCAUCCAAUUACUGCACGUGUGAAGAAAUUAAAAGUGCACAGAAGGUUUUAUAAGUUUAAAGGCAGUGGAAGGUGUGACAACCACAGCUCUGCUCCUCCGUGUGCAGGUUGGGUGGAAAUGAUGGCACCUGUAUUUUCAAGAGCUGCUUGGCAAUGUGUGUGGUACAUGAUCCAGAAUGACUUGAUCCAUGCAUGGGGCCUGGACGUGCAGCUUGGUUAUUGUGCACAAGGAGAUCGAACAAAAAAUGUUGGUGUGGUUGACUCUGAAUAUAUAGUUCAUCUUGGUCUUCCUACACUUGGUGUCUCAGAUGGAAAUAAGGUGACUAAUGCUCCAGCUCCUCCUCAGAAAGGGGACCCCGAAGCAUUGGCACCAUCUGCCUCUGAUAAAGUCAAUGACAGAGCUAAAGUUAGGAUGCAGUCCUUUAUUGAUAUGCAGAUCUUUAAGGAAAGAUGGAGUAAUGCAGUAAAGGAGGAUAAAUGUUGGGUUGACCCAUUUCAACUAUCAGCAAACUGA